AUGAAGACACACGCAAAGAAGGAGCGGCGACUGCGGUUCGCUGCAAUCGUUGCUUUGGCUGGGGUCGUAAUAGUAUUGAUAGCAGGGAUGAUCUUGAUUCAGGAAGAAAUCACAAACUCGAGAGGCACUGUCGCAGGUAUUGUUGUUGUUUUUUUUUUGUAAUUGUUUUUGCUGGUCUUUGCUAACGAAUGGCAUUAAUCUGAGGGAAGCUUGCAAACCAUGCAAUAACCAAAGGGACCGACAAAAGUACUUUUAAAAUUUGUGCCUCUAAUAGCCGCUAUGUAGGUAACGUGGAAUCAUUUUAAUCUGCUUGUUCCCACGAGCGCAAUUCAUGGGAUUUUAGAGUCAUCUUUAAUACCGGAAAUUCAUCUUCCAUGAAGAUCUUUGUCUGCUUAGCAAAUCAGGUUGGAGUGGCUGCCAAGAUAAUUACUUUUGGGUUAAGUGGGAGAAUGUCCCCUCGUCCUUCCUCGAGUAACGUGAAGUGAUCUCAAACACCAAUAACUUUUUUUUUGUUUGAAAACAAUGAUCUUACAACAGGCUUACAGAAAGGAGUUUGUCAUUAUCUGACCUUUCGUUGGUACGAAGCCAAAACUGAAGUGAAAUCAAAAAUAUCAAUCACAGGUGUUGACACCUUUCUGCUCUCAAGCGCGCCAGAGAGUAUUGUUUUUUAGGACAAAAUUAGUGAUUGUUGAGAUCACAAAUCAUCUAAUUAGCGCCUGGGGUGUUAAUUUCAAAUUGAGGACGAUAGCAGGGAAGGGGCUUUGGGGGCUUUUAUCAGUUUACAAAGCUUGUCUUCACGUUUUUGUAGCGCCUCAGUUUGUUUGUUUGUUCGUAAAAUCAAUUUCAAUCCCAAUACAAUCUGAGACAAAUGCAGCCGGUACAAAUGUGCAAAGCCGCUCGAAAGUUAUAAACAUGACCCUUGUUAUACAUUCUUAAGGUUAUCUUAAGACUCGUUUAAUGUAACGAGAAAGCGCUGAAAGCGAUUAUUCGAGGGGGGGGGGUUAUUUUAAAUUCUGACUCGUAAUGGGGGGAGGGAAGGGAGGAGCUCUUCGCUAAGGGGAGGCGAUACUCUAAGGAUGUGCUGUGUGAUUUUGACUCAGGUGACGCGAGUGACGAUGAUAACAAAGCACGGGAUACUACCCCCCUGACUGAGGAAGCAUCCACGUACGAAGAGGUAACUAAAGGAAGGCACAAGCGGUUGUCCAGAGCUUUGAAACAAGGAGCACAGCGAUGUAAGCCUGGCUGUAAGUACACAUUCUUAAUGAAAAUAAUAUCCUCUCUUUAGUCGUUGAAAUAACUAUUUCGCUUCGUUCUUUCUUGUUCACUUUCCUUCUCACUAAAUGAAGAUCUUUAUUUGAUUUUAGUCAUCCAAUCAUUUAUUACAUUUUCAAGUUGGCAAGCUCUUUUGCCAUGUUUUAUGGUUAAAUUCUUCAGCCAAUAUUUCUUAUCUAUUUAUCCUAGUAAUAAUACAUUUAUCCUUUUGUAGGCCGAUGCGAAGAGAAUAGAAUUUCUCUCUGCAGGAGAUCAUCGAAUGACUUGGUAGUGUUUCCAAACCUUCUAAAUCACCGAACACAAGAGAAGGCUACGAAAUUUCUUACAAAGUUUGAAACACUUCUAAACAGCAACUGCUCUCCCUUUCUCAGAUAUUUUCUGUGUUCUUUAGUGGCACCUCCCUCUAAUGGCCUCCGAAGGCCUAAUCCACCAUGCAAAGAGCUCUGUAUUAAGGCAACAAAGCCAUGUGGACAUCUUUUAAAGAAGUUUCGACUUCAGUUGCCACCUGCCAUGCGAUGCUCCCGUUUACCAACAAAAGGUGCAUCAAAGUGCCACAAUGGACCACUAGCUUCCAAAUGCUUUCGAAUGACGGUAGAUCUUUACCAAAGACAUCCAUGUGCUUCAUACGUUCCACCUUCGUUUCUUCAGUUUCCAAACUACUUUGGUCACAUGGACGCAGAAACAGCUUCUGAUGGCUUCGGAAGGUUUAGACGAAUCCUUGACACUGCCCUAAAUGACUGCGCGCUCCUAUUAUCGCGAUUCUUGUGCAGUCUAUAUGGCCCUACUUGUAGGAAAACGGUUCUUCCCGUUCCCCCCUGUAGAGAACUUUGCCAACAAACGCGGACACGAUGCCAACGGGUCUUCGAUCACCUUCGCUUUACGUGGCCCCUGAAUCUUAAUUGCCAGCAAUUUCCAAGGAAAGGAGAAGUGCCUUGCUAUGAUGGACCUUCAACGGGAGUGAUUGCAAAGCCACAACCAGGUAUUAAAUGAAAACGAUUCGCCAUUGCAAACUUCAAGGUCCGAUUAUUCAAAAAAAGGUCCCCUUCGUUUACCAAACCGUAGUCUCAGUAAACAAUCCUCAAUAUAGCUGAACGUUUUAUCUGAAGAUGUAUUUUUGUGAGCAGUGUCAAGAGGUCCGAAAGCUAACAUUGAAAGGACCUUUUUUUUUUUAACUAAAUCAAUCCCCUUAUGUAGAAAGCCUGGCCCACCUACUGCGUAAAACCGUGGUUUGGGUUAGACUUCCUGUAAAUAACCGGCCAAACAUGUAUAUUCGCAAUAAAAAAAGUUUGUUUAAAAAUCUCACUAUUUAGUGGCUAUGAAGAAAAUAUCAACAAAAUUUGCACUGGUGUGCAUGAUGAUUAAAAUAUAUAACAAGAGAGGGUAGCUUAUAGACAUUCAAGCAGCCUCCAAACGUCAAAAACAGGACCCCAUUGACAUAUCAAGGCGUUCAUGUAAUCAAAAGUCAUUCCACCAAAGCUAAAUAAACUGGAAAAUAAAUCAAGAUAACAAUUAGUUCGAUUGGUCAUUGGCAUUUAAUAACAUUUGAAAGAAUCGUUUAGAGCAGUAUUUUCAAAUGCUGAAAAAAUUUUUACCAACUUUGAGAUUUUUUUUUUUAUUUUCGAAAAUCUUAUUUUCCUAUUCGUUUUUCCACAUCAGGCAAAUGUCAGUCCUUAUCCAUUCCUUUCUGUAAGAACGUACCCUAUAACAUGACGACAUUUCCGAACUUCUUCAUACACACAACGCAGGAAGAAGCAUCUCUCGAAGUUCAUCAACUUUGGCCACUUGUAGACAGGAAAUGUUCACGUGACGUGGAGUUCUUCUUUUGCUCCUUGUACGCUCCGAUGUGCACCACUCUAGACACGCCUCCAUUACCGUGCAGGGAGCUCUGCCUUCGAGUUAAGCGUGGGUGUGCUGUGGUACUGAAGGUGUUUAGAAGAAGAUGGCUUUCCACGCUGGCAUGCGAAAAGUUUCCGCUUCGAGAAAGUGGAGAGGUGUGCGUUGACAGACCCCAGGAAACCAGCCAACUCGCAAUUUCACAAUCACAGAAAAGGGGAGGUGAGAUGAUACCUUUUGUAAGCUCUUGAAUAUAAAAUGUAACGAUCCAUAGAAAGAAAUAAUCAGCCGUUCCCGCGCACGUAGUUCUAAAUUCUGGUAAAUUCGAAUCAAGCGAAAGGUUUUGAUAUUAGCUGAGAGUUCAGACCUUUGAUGAUUAAUGAAGUUAUAUAGUUAAAUGAGAUAAGCCGGCUAAAUACCGAUGACUAUGAAUCUCCAUCGGAGCUGCUCUUUGUACUCAUCAAGGAGCAGUUACAAGGGGGACCACCGUUAAGAUUCGAUUUAGCGCCCUCCUUCCAAUAGGCACCUCCUCUCUAAUUCGUUUUCCGGUGUUCUUGAUCCCUUUCAAAUAAAUAUCUAAGUUCUGUUUCGCAUAUUCUGCUGAUUCUGAAAAAAAAAAAAAAAAUAAGCGCCCUGUUUUUAAUAACCCCCUCUCCCAACCCUUUAGGUAACCAAAGUAAAUAAGCGCCCCGAGUGCCAAAUCGAAUCAAUAUGAUACAUGACUAUUGACCUAGAACUGAAUAUAUGCAACUGAUAAGAUUCUUAUUUUAUCCUUUCAGGGAAGUGUGAGGCGUUAGCUGCACCGAUUUGUAAAGAUGUCAACUACACAAUGACAACGGUUCCUAACUUGUUUAAUCAUAGUACUCAAGAACAGGCCGCCUCUGAAAUUCAUCCUUCCUUUUAUUUUGGUUUGCGUUGUGAGAGCCGAGAGAUGACCCUUUUCGUGUGUGUUCUUUAUUUUCCUCCAUGUGGAAUGCCGUACCAGCCUUGCAGAGAGCUUUGUGAGCGAGUGAAACGUCGAUGUCUUCCCAACAUUGAAUUGUAUGGUUACCCUUGGCCUGAAGAAAUCGACUGUGACGAAUUCCCCUCCGCAGGGAGUGGCGCCAACUGCAUUGGAGCUCAGCCACUUAUGCCACCAACAACCAGUUCAACAGUUCAACUCGAGAAGAGUUAAACCAGCCUCGUCGCAAUUUGAAAAUGUUGGGAAAUAUAGCCUAAGUUCUCCUAGUCUGCUAUUCACAAUCUAUUUGAAUCUCCUUUACCCUUAUGCUUUCUCGAGGAAUUGUAACCUCUCUUAUGUUUUGAGUUUGCUUUUCUCUGUUGCGAAAGCAAUUCAAUGAUCUGGAAUUUCGCUAUUGUUGGAUCCCUAUCGUUUCAACUUAUGUUUUGCCAACUUUUGCAGCACAAAUUAGAUUAACUUAAGCUUCCUUCCAUGAUUACUCAGACAACAAAUAGUAAUAAUUGGUGGAUCCAGGUCAUAAGUUUUUAGAACAAUUUUUUUUUUCAAGCUCCCUCUUCUAUUAAGCAACUUUUUUAUCCUGCGCCAAGGGUGGUUACUUGAUGGUCUCAAUAAGGUUAACCGUUGACCAUAAAACGGCCAAGAAAUUUAGCCUUAAGGCAAAAAAAAUUGACAAAUCUUCACCUUUAGUCGUAAAAAAAUUUACUGAAAUUUUUUUUCCUGGUGACAACAAUGGAAAGACAUCAACCGUUAGCUGUAAAUUGACCAACUUCUUACUUCCAAGAUUCGAUUGUAUUUUGCACUGGUUUUUUGCGAGAACUAAAGUUUGUAAACAAGAUUUAUUUUCCUAUUAUAAAAUUCGUUAAAUUCUCUCCUUCAUCCGAUAAAAUUGAUGGACAAACCACCCAAGCAAGUUCUAGAAGUAUUAUUGACAUACAAUCAACGGCAAUUCCGAUAGGAAUGUAUACAUAAAAUUUUUCGGACCCAUUUCGGCAUAAAUACGUUCAGCUUUAAAAUAAGGACAUACAUUCUUAGAGAAGAGAGGGUACACCAUCCUCUAUAACUCAAGGCUACUUUCUUUAACCGGCUCAAUUCAAGGAAUCAAGUUGAAACUAAGUAUAUUCCGUGCCAUGAGCGCCCACAAAUUCUCUCAUAAAAGGCCAAAGGCCACCACGACAAGCUUUCCCUAUCACGUGUUGUCUGCAAAAACAAACCUAAAUUGAAUUCAAAUCAUAAAUCACACGUGUUUACUUUUGAAAUGGAAAUUGUGAAGAAUUCACACCUUAACAAUUCUUGAAGUUUGUCCAGCUGGUAAACAUCUUUCCUCGUUCUUUGCUUGAAAAUUCUUUCUUGAUGAUUCAAGAAGCCGUUUCAACUCUUUCGCUCCCGAGAUCUCAUCAGUAAUGCUCUCUACUGUGUGCCAUACAAUUCUUAUUAUGUUGGUUCGGAGAAUUUGGUAUUGGAUCAACUAAUAAUCCCGUAAAUGAUAUUUUUCUUUACUCUCAUUACUUGUGUACUUUGUAUUGUAAGGAUAUGGUGAAGAGAAAUUCUGUCUUGGUCAUUCAUGGGACUUAAAGGGUUACAAUCAGCCAAAGCGUACAAGUACUUUUGAAAAAAAAUAUAUUACGUAAAAGUCAUAAAGGGCAAAAGUCGAAAAAUGCCGAGCACUACUACCCUUGCUCAAAAAUGCAAGAGUGUGGAACCAGGUCCGAAUUCAAAAACAACGUGGCAUAUACAUAUAUUUUUAAGUGGCAUGCUGUACGAGAAAAGGCAUAUCAAACCAAAACACUAUACAGCUGCCAAUUGCUCUCUCAAAACAAAGGUUCAGAUAAAUCAAAAUUGAUAAUAAACUUAACACCGCAUUAUUGAAUUGAAAAGUGACUGUUUAUGGAAUUACAUUGCACGCUACAAAAGAGAAGUCAGUUAAUGAAUCUGGCAGAUUCUACAAUGUUUAUUUUUUCUUCAGGCAAAUCUGGGUGAAAUGGACAGGAUAUCUCUCGGCAUCGGUAAAUUUACCUUUAUGCAAGCCGAGUGGUCCAACAGGCUAUCAGCGAGGUCACAUAAGGAACUUAUCAUUGGCAAAAGUGACGACAAGUUGGUAACUGGAUCUGUUUUUCGCUAAAUUUUUAUCGGCUUAUCGCCCUUAUGACGCAGAAAAAGCAUAGUAAGAGCAGAACAGCCCAAAUCUGAGAGAAGAGCACAUCCUUCUUUGGACGAAGUGAGUGGUAAGGAUACUCACGAUGUCUUCUGAAAAGUCGAGUAAAGCAGAGUCUAAUAUUUACGGUGGGCGACGACUGCUGUUCGCUGUGAUUGUUUUGCUAGCCGGAUUGGCAGUAAUUCUUACUGCUUGUGUGAUCGUGAUGGACGAAGAAAUAAAAACCUUGAAAGGAAAUGUUGCAGAGUACCAGAAAUGGAAAGGUAAAGUUAGUUGUGUUUUUAGAGAUAGUUUUAAGGAGUGGAGAAUUUACUUGUUAGCAGUCUCAUUUUUAUUAACAUUUCACUCAUAACAAUUCGCUACAGAGUCAGGUCAGGUCUUGUAAAUACCCGCAAAAAGUCAAGUUGAAUUUACUUUUUGGGAGAUAUAUGUUUACCAGGCAAGUUGUGCUGGCGGGAUACCCCACUCAGCGUUUCGACGUGCAUUUCGAGAUUUCGUUCACAACGCAACAGAACAAAUUGCUUUUGCCGCGUACUGAGAAAGAAAGUGGUUGGUUUAUUAUGUAAUUCGUCGCCUAUAGCUAGAUGCCUCACCGACAAGAAAGCUUUCGAAAUGGCUAUUAGCCUUCCAACAAACAAGUAUGAAUACCACUAAAUAAAACCAUCAAACAGAAUGUGCGCUUUCAGACUAUGUAUUUUGCGGUCUUGAACGUAUUGCAAUCCGAUCUCUCUGAUGUUCUGCUACUAACUGUCUGUAAAGGAGAUCAAGGUUUGUCCAUCGGUUCAGCCGGGUUUGUAGUUUGAAUGCUGGCAUCACUUGAAUAAACAUAUGCUACUACUGUCAUGCAGAAGUAGGUCAAAGAAAGCCCUAAUCUUGUAUCGUGGUUAGGUGUUGUUGAGCCGAGCGUAUUUUUGGCAAAUAUAUAAAAACUUUCCCGUUUUGGUAUCGCGUGUGAAUGGCCUCGGUGGAACCCAUUCCGUAGCAUGCUUGUCUAGAUGCGAAUCUAAUCAUGGGUAUGACAUUAUGAACCAAUACUGAUUGGAAUAUACCAGAAAAAACAGCGGGAAGUCUAAAGUAAUUGUAACAGUUUUACCGCACGUUCCUUAUCUGCUUUGAUCAAUACAAAUUUUUUUUUCUAGUAUUCGGUGAGAAUUCAGCCAGUUAAUCAUUAAUUUAAAAUGCCUUAUCGUGUUUAUUUUUGGCGCACCAUUAGGGUUUGUUUUAAGGUAUGCCACUGAGAUGCCUUGCGGUCAAAAAAAAUUCCAAAGGCACUUUUUCGCCGUUCUUCAUAAGUAUUUCAUUAGCAACAACUGAAAAUUUCAACAAAGUAUGGUACUGUUUUUGCAGAAAUGAUAAUUCACUUUUCAAAAUGGCGAGAGGGGGAAACGCUUUAAAAACUGUACAGGUAUUUCCGCCCUAAAUUUGGUUUUUGAGUCGAUUCGGUCUAUUAAUGGGAUUGGAUGAUGCCCAUUAUGGUGUUAUAUCCGUUGUGGUUUUUAAGGAGGCCUCGACGGCGCAUAUAAACGCACUAACUUUUUGAUGGCUAUUGCGAAUUCUUGACCCCGACAUCAUUGCAAAAAUUAUAUGUACAAUAAAGCCACUGAGUCAGAGAUAUUUGUCCGCGAAACAUCGUCCAUUAUUAUGUAUCUGUACAAGGAAGUAAACAACCCUAUCCGCUUUCUCCCACUUUUGAAUGGAGAGGCGCCUUGCGUUACAAGACAAAAUAAAUGCUUCCCAGGAGAUUAGAAAGCCAUUUAAAGAGAAACACGCACUUUCUUUUCAUAAGAAUAUUAACUUUCUCAUUUUAAAUUCGUUGAGCUGUCUGCUGUGCGGAUCAGUUCGAGUCAGCGCAAGGAGCAUGCAUGUUAGUUUAAAAACUGAGUAAGACUUGACUGGCCUGCUAAAGCUCAUUCUAUCCUUUAAAAAAUGUCUUCUGCAAGACAGACGGGACCUCAAAGUCUUCUCUUGGUAGAGUAGAUACUAAACGACGCUUAUUUCCUAUGUUGCAGAUGAAGAUGGUGACAAAAAGACAGUUUCCAGUCCUGCGACUGAGCACAGAUCCUCCCUCGAGGAAUUGUCUAAAAGGAAACGCGUUCGGCUUUCAAGAUCUAAGCAAAGUAUGAAAUUCAUGAUUGAGAGAAAAAAAAGUAUAAUAAAGAAUAUUACGUUGGUUUAAGGGGAAAACCUAAGAGUUAGAAUUUUCUGUCGAUGAACGUGAUGCGUUGAGCGGAUUUAAUUUGUUAGCACUUUUCUUAUAUGUAAUCUCUCUCUAGUGUUAAGUGUUUUAGUAUUUUAAGAAUUUCCUCCCCAACUCGCGCCAUUGUUGGUCUUAACAAAGGAACGUCUCAGGCGACUUUUAAUCUGUCCCCAUUCGUGAGACAAAAGCUCGGAGAACUAAAAGGAGGAAAAUUGUUCCUCGCCCCCGUGCAUCUCUCCAGCACUUCCAGGGAUCGAUUCUGAUGAAAUAUCGAUGUCGCGUAAGGUUCAAAGAUCUUACCUGUUUAGAAAAGGAGGGCUCGUUUUCAUACUCCUUAACAAAGAUUUUCAACAAGCAUGCUAAAUUUUCUCGGGGCCAGUGUGCACGAGUCACCUAUUGGUGAAAGGUGUUGUUAUGGGGAGCUUGACCAGGUGACACGAAGGCUUCUAAUACCUGUACUUUAAUUGCGCCACAGGUCGUUGUGAAUCUUUAAGGAUUCCAAUGUGUCGGAAUAUGCCUUACAGCUCAGCACAGUUUCCAAACUUCCUUAAUCACCAAACCCAAGAUGAUGCAAUUGCGCUGGCAAACGUGCUUGGUCCUCUGGUUAAAAGCGGAUGCUCCUCAUCCAUAGAACAUUUUCUGUGUUCAGUUCUGGCACCUCCCUGUGGUGGGGCCCAGCAGCCCAUACCUCCCUGUAAAGGACUUUGUAAGCGGGCGACUAAAAGUUGUAGGGACCUUCUUAAUAAGUUUCAGAUAACUUUAGAUCCCUCCAUGAGAUGCAAAAACUUGCCCAAAGAGGGCACAUCAAAGUGCUUCAACGGAUCAUGGCCGAAGAACACAAACACACCAAUACCAGGUAUGACACAUGUCAAUUAACUUCUCCUGCAUGUGUUUAGAUAUCAUUGCCUAUUUGUGGUAAAAAUGGCGAGGGUUUUUGUCCUCUGAAAAAUGUUUCUUGAGUAAACGGUGUUCUUACUCCUAAAAAAUUCGCCGCUGCCUUUUGACAGCAAUGGUAAGGUUUCCUUUUAAGUUUUAAUGAUUAUAGCGUGAUCUUAAGACGAUUCUAACCCCUUCGCGAUAUCCAGGAUUGAUCAACAUGUAAUUUCUCCCUUUAACUGGGAUUCCUUAAGCAGCGAAUAUGCAUACGAUAAGAAAAAAUAGAUUAUACAUUGAGAUACGCUUUAAUUUGAGUGGAGCGUGACGACCUCAUAUGCGUCUAUCAAAGCAAACAGGCAUUGAAUUAGUAGUUUACCAUCAACAGUCUUUGGUUUUAGUUUGGUAACUUCGGGUGGCGGUCUUAUUACACACAUAGCAUUACCUUUGCCAAUCUUCAACUUUCUUUCGAUAGCAUCGGCUCACUCAGCAACGAAAUGCCGACCAGUAACUCAUCAGUGCAACCGUUUCUUGCCUCCAAACUGGCAAGCACAGUUCCCAAACUACUUCGGUCACAAGGAUGCUAGAGAAGCUUCCGUUAGCUUCCAGAAGUUUGAGGGAAUUCUUCGAAAUGCUGAUAAAGAUUGUUCCGCGACUCUGUCCACCUUCCUUUGCGGACUCCACGUACCACCUUGCAGAAAGACCAAACGCCCUUUACUGCCCUGCAGAGAGUUUUGCCUGAAGGCAAGAUCACAAUGUAAGCGAGAAAUGCGCUUGUCAAAAAGAGGUGGCCUUCAAUGGCCCUCAAUCCUGAAGUGCAGGAAUUUCCCUGGGAAAGAUGAAGAACCGUGCUUCAAUGGACAGAUAAUACCGGAACCGACUACGAAGCCGCAGCCCACAGUUCCAGGUAAUGAGUAUACUUCCAACCCAGACUUAAUCUUCAACUCCCACGAUCUGAUUGUCAAUUCUCCCCUCUAGCUGCGACACAUUUUCUUGUAAAUAAUUUACGAGAAUUUGGUGGUAGAUCAAGAUAGCAACUUCUACCUGAUAAGUUUGAAUAUUCUCAUGACCUGUUUGCUGGAUAACGUUUAGAUAUUACAGGAAGAACUUACAUGUUCAUCACUUGUGGGAGUUACAGGGUUAACCGGCAGUCGAUGGUUUAAAGUGAUCCCUUCACUUUGACAGUUUUAUCAAACAACACAAUGAACAGUAGUUUUAGCCCAACGACAGUUAUACGCCCAAAAAUCGCUCAAAAUUUUCUCUGCAAAACAUUUUUCGAACAAAAAUUAGCGUAUGGUAGUGUUUUUUUUUAAAUUAUCUGAAUUUCCAUGUUUUAGUAACUUGUCGGGGUAAAACACCCGGCCUGAGAAAAUUCUCUGUGGGAAACAAGGUCCAUUCCCUAAUGAAAAAAUGUUUAUGUUAAUUUCUCCCAUGUUUUUCUCCCAGAUCUGGGCCUGAAAUUACACAGAAGCAUUCUCAAUAAAUCUAAUACUAUAAGACUUGCUAGAACUUCAUGCAUACCUGGUUUCCCUUUGUGAUGUUUUUGUAUUUGUACUUUGCUUGCGUUAGUUUUGGCAUUCGAGUCAACCCCAGCUUAUAAGUGAACGUUACUACUCACUAAUAUGACAUCAGCAAUCUCAUAAAUGAGCAAAUCGUUUGCAAAAUGGACAGACAUCGAUCAUGUUUGCUGGGUUGUUAAAAGCAUUGUACUUCGAUGGCUAAAAAAAUAUGAACAUGUGGUGGAUGAAGUAAAUUAACGUAAGUGUUAUGGAUAUGCGUAUGACACGCAGUGACCCGAUGCUUAAUGCGCUGGGGAGUCCGUGUUCGCCGCCCCGGCCGGGUCGUUGUUUUGUGUUUUCAGGCAGGGCGGGAGUAGUAAUGCCCUUAAUCGAAUUAUGCCAAGGAAAACGAAAUAAGCUCCGGUUGGAUGGGCCACUUGGCUCGCCGGUACAGAAUUGCACUAUGGGUACGUAAACUUAAUGGUGUAUCAUUUCAGGAAAGUGCGAGGUCCUGACGGUUCCUUUGUGCAAAAAUAUACCUUACAACAUGACAGAGUUUCCAAACUUUUUCCGCCACAAGACUCAAGCUGAAGCAUCUCUCGAAGUUCAACAAUUUUCUCCUCUGGUACAAAUCAAUUGCUCACCGGACUUAGCGUUCUUCCUAUGUACAUUGUACACUCCCAUUUGCACUUCUCUGGACAAACCACCACUCCCGUGCAGAGAGCUCUGUGUACGUGUCAGAGAAGGAUGCCUUCCUCUUUUACUGAAAUUUAAUUUCAAAUGGCCGGAAGCCAUGAAUUGCGAACAGUUUUCUCGAAGGGGAGACAGUAUCUGUAUUGAUCGACCUGACGUAGCGACUGUUGCGACUCCGUCUCCGUCUCCGUCUCCGAGUCCGGUAAUUCAGCCUCAAGGUGAGAAAGACUGGGACUUGUUUAAAUUAUGCUUCAGACAAAAUGGCUGUUUGGCAAAUGUUUUUUCUGGUUGGUUGUUUAUUUGCGUAAGUGAAUAAAGGGGGGGGGGAGUAUAUUUGAAAUGGCUGCAAAAGGGAUGUAUAGUAGAGGUAUUUUAUUCAGUUUGUUGGUCGGCGUCUGUUGCCAGAGAAUAGGUAGAAAUAUUCCGCAAAAUCAAAGAGGACAGAAAACGGUGCUGCCGUUCAGAUUUUGGCCCCUGACUGUGCACUGCAUAUUUUACCUUUUGGUCCCUUCUCUAUAACUGGACGACUUAAAGGGGUCUUUACAUCGGUCAUUUAGGUCUACAAUUAAUAGAUUGCCAUCGGAAUUAUUAUUUCGUCAGGCCAAAACUCCUAAGGAGAGUCCGGCGGUAACAAAGAGAUCUGUCGCGCUUCAUAAACCAUUAGUAACCGAACAAUUAAGAAGGAUCUUCAUUGUACAUUGGCCAGUUAGGUCGCAAAAUGGAAUGCUAUUGAAAAGGUUAAUUGAUUAGGCCCAUCAAGAGCCUGUAACAAAGAGAUCUGUCGUGCGCAUAACCAUACCAUUUGUACUAUUAUUAUUAUUAUUAUUUUUUUACAGCGGGAAAAUGCGAACCUUUAAGGGCGCCCGCAUGCAGCGCCUUUCAUUACAGCAAGACGAAGGUUCCUAACUUCCUUCAUCAUCAAACCCAAGACCAAGCUUCCCUUGAAUUAAGCAAGUUUGAUGCAGUUAUCCAGACCAAUUGCUCCCAAGAAUUAACCUUCUUCCUCUGUUCAUUGUUCGCCCCGCCCUGUAACCCACACCCAUACACUGCACCUUGUAAGGAACUCUGCAGUCGCGUCAGAAAACAGUGCAUUUCUAAAAUUAGACAGUUGGGGAUGAAAUGGCCGGUUUCUUGUUCAAAGUUUUCACGCAAAUCAGAAGUCCCUGUUUGUUUGGAUGCACCGCCCUCCCCUAAGGCUACCAUUCUCACCACCACGAAUACCUUAGGAAACGGUGAGUAACAAAGAAAGGUUGUAAGAAAUAUUACUUUUAUACGAAAGGUAAAAGAGUAUAGAAGGAAGUUUUACUUUAUAGGUUUCAUUUUCUUCGAUUAUGAAAGUCGCGUUGGUGAUCUAAAGGUCCAGGUACGAGCCCUGGGGCCUGGGCCCUAAGACAGACAUAUUUAUUUCCAGACCCCUUCUCCACCUCGGAGUUCUAUUAGGUUCCAGUGAACUGGUUCAAAACACAUGCCAAAGUGCACAGGUUAUCCUGCUGCGACAAACUUGCACUCCAUUCAGGAUUACACAAACUCAUAGUCGUAUCAAAACAGUGAAAAUUUCGGGGUUGCUUGUUUCUUCCGUAGGGGUUGCUCAAAAUUUUUUAACAUCGUUGAAGUGUGACAUGCAACUGAACAACAGCACAGAAAUUUUGAGCAAUAGAUUAUUUGAAAUAACCAAAUUGAGCUGGAAUUACUUGGUCCUCAUAACUUCUUAUCCUAAAGAAUCUCUUAUUUGAAUUUUAAUCUUGGACCAUGAGCAGGUGGUCUAAAUUCUGUAUUACUAAAUUAACUGUUCUUAAUAUUUCUACAACAAUUUUCUCGCAGGAAAAUGCGAAACCACGACCAUUCCUAUUUGUAAAGGUCUGCAGCAAUUUAAUAUGACGCUGUUCCCCAACUUCCUCAACCAUGACACACGGGGUGAAGCAGCUUUAGAAGUUCAGCAGUUUUCUCCUCUUGUUCAAUUCGGCUGUUCCCCAGAUCUUUCCUUUUUCCUGUGUUCUUUGUAUGCUCCCUCCUGCAGUGCACCGUUCAAACCAUGCAGAGACCUCUGCAUCAGUGUUAAAAAGGGCUGCCUCCCCAUACUUGAGGAAUUCGGUAUUCCUUGGCCGGAGAAAUUUGCUUGUGAUAAAUUCCCCAGUGCAGGUUCAGGAACACAGUGUACUGCUCCUCGGCGAUCUGUUAUAUCCAGUGCUAACCAAACUACAUCUGGUAAGCAAUAAAUCUUAUAAGUUAACUUAUUCAAGUGUAGAAAAAUGUGUUUUCAUCUUUCACGCGCCUGGGUUAAAAUAAAACUUUUAGGUCCCCACGAGGAAUCGAGUUUUAGACCUUCGGAUUCCGCGCUCCAACGCUUUACCGCUAAGCCAAAUAGAUACUUCAGUGAGUUAGGCCACAGAGAUUCAACAGUGAGUUGGGCGAUUACUAAGUUGAUAUGUGACAUGCGUCCCACAUCUUGAUACGAUUAGCAAAGUAGAAAGCCUCGAUUGAAAUCAUACAAUGAGAGAGCUGGUGAUAGUAUACUCAAAGGACUUAUUUUCAGAACAUCGUUGUCACGUGAUAGAAGAUGUCACUCAUUGAAUUACACAGGCAUACUCAGAGAAAAGAACUCCACGUACUCCAAAUAAGAUUCGAAUCUACGACCUUCCUUUUAGUACCUCGGAUGCUCGACCACUGAGGUAUAGGAGACAAUUGGCACGCCAGGCCGUUUAUCUAGGUCCUUAUCUUUACCUCGAUUUCGACCUUAAGUGCAAAUUCUGAGGCCGGUAGUAUUUUUGAAUUGGUGUAUUCACCAAAGCGUAGGAAAAGCAAGUGUUUUUUUUAAAUCAGUCGAACGAAAUAUAGUGUUAUGAGACACACCCACUUAAAAAGAUUUCUUCAUCUGAUGGGGCCCUAAAAUUAAUCCCUAAAAUAAAACGUACGUCUUCCCAUCCUUCAAUCAUAGUACAGGUGUCAACCCUCAAUUUCUCAGAGGCAAACAUGUAGCGUUUCCUUGCGAUUUCAAAUGUAACCUCGCAAACGGGUUACGAGAGUAGACAAGCCUAUCAGUUAGAGGGUGUUAUCUCGAUAUCAGACGAAAUUCUAAGGUUUAGUUUAAGAGGAAUUGAGUGGGAUUUAGAAAGGAGAAUUACUUAUUGAAUCUUAGGACUAAAAGGCUUUGGCAUAGUCUUGGAUCACUUGAAACCAUGAUACGGCAGGAAGGGAAUGGAAUGCAUGGAAUUAGUACCCAGUCUCUAUCUUGAUGCUGAAAUUUGACCAACGUAACAAAAGUUUCGUACUUAAAACGUUUCUUGAUCACUUCAUUGUUAUAAAAUGGAAUGACAUAACACUGAACGGGGGUCACACUUGUAAAUUGCACUCUUCAGAAACACAGUUGUUUUUAUGAAAUCGAUUUUGAUUUCGACGGAAAUUCUGAACAUAAAUUUUUGACGAAUUCGUGUAUUCACCUAAGAAGCAGAAUUAAACUGGACAUUACAGUAAUGACUCACUGAAAUCCUUUGCAGGGAGAUGCGAAGCCUUAACCAUUCCUUUGUGUCAAGAUCUGCCCUACAAUAUGACGCUGUUUCCCAACUUCUUCAAUCAUCGCAAACAGGAAGAAGCAGCUUUAGAAGUUCACCAGUUUUUUCCUCUUGUAAAAGUCGGCUGUUCCCCAGAUCUGUCCCUUUUCCUGUGUUCUUUGUAUGCUCCAUCUUGCAUUGCUCCGUUUAAACCAUGCAGAGAUCUUUGUGUCAGCGUUAGACGUGGCUGUCUUCCCCUAAUGCAGCGAUUCGGUUUUACCUGGCCGAAAAAUAUGGCUUGUGAUAACUUCCCCAUCGCAGGCCAAGGAACUGAAUGCAUCGUUUCACCAUUGUCCGUUUUAUCCACUGCACCUUCAGCUACAAGAUCCAGCAAAUGAUAGUUUAUUGUUUUUUCCUGACAUUACUUACACUUAAGUUUAAGCAGGAGUACAAUUUAAUCCUU